AUGGCACGCUCCAGAUUCAAUGGAAAGCUCCUGUGCUUGUGUCUCUUACCAUGUAUGAUGGUAGGUCACCUGUUGGUGUACAUCAUGGUGUCUAUUUUUGUUGCCAUCUCCUACUCCCCAACUCUGCCACAGCUGUCCCUUCAUUUCAUCGCCACCGGAUCAUCUGCCAACUCAGGAGUGCUUGCAUCCCAUCCAGUUCGCCCCUUCUGGAAUCUCCGUCUAGAGGAAGGAGCACUGUGGAACAGCCUCCAACACAUUUGGGACAGAGAGCACAACCCUAUAUUGAGAGGCAAUGGCACAGGGUUAAAAGGUCAAAGCCUUGACUCAAUACAUUCCCAUGAGACUAGAAAAACUGCUGAUUGUGGACAAAACCAGUCCUGGGCAUUUCACAUGCCUGACUUUAAUACCCUACCAGAUCAAAUGAAGGACUUUGUCUUGUCUAUGCACUGCAGGCACUACCCAAUCCUUGUGAACCAACCCAAAUUUUGUGCUGGCCAGGACUCUGAAACAGAGACCCCCUCUCUUCUGAUGGCGAUCAAGUCUCAAGUUGGAAACUUUGAGAACAGGCAAGCCAUCAGGGAGACAUGGGGGAGGGCUGGUUGGAUCCAGGGAGAAACUGGAGGAAAAGCAUGGUCAGUACGAACAGUCUUCUUGCUUGCAAGGCAGGACACAGAGACGGGUCCUCAUCCAGACCUGGGCACCCUACUAGAGUUGGAGAGCAGAACUCAUAAGGACAUUCUACAGUGGGACUUCAGAGACACUUUUUACAAUCUGACCCUGAAGGAUGUCCUUUUCUGGGACUGGUUUUCAAAGCACUGUCCUCAUAUCCACUUCAUCUUUAAAGGAGAUGAUGAUGUGUUUGUUAGGACAAGGGCUCUCUUGGACUAUUUAAACCAACAUCGAGCUACAGUACAAAAUACACAUGAAAACAAAACGAAGGGACAGGAUGAUUUUCUCAUGGGGGAUGUUAUUGCCAAUGCCUGGCCCAAUCGACAGCCUGGAACUAAAUACUACAUCCCUGAAAGCUUCUAUAAGGGAACGUAUCCUGCAUACGCAGGGGGCGGAGGGGUGGUUUAUACGGGUACUUUGGCCAUGCAUCUGCAGGAAGUCUCUCACUGGGUGAGCUUGUUUCCCAUUGAUGAUGUGUACUUGGGAAUGUGCCUUCAACGGCUCGGAGUGUCUCCGACUCAUCAUUCUGGUUUCCUCACCUUUGAUCUUCCAGCGGAUCUGCGGGAGAAGCCAUGUGCAUAUCAAAACAUUCUCCUGGUGCAUAAACGCACCACGAAAGAAAUGUUAACACUGUGGAAAGAGCUACAGAUUCCACCUCAAGAGUGCUAA